AUGGCGGCGUCGGCGGCUCUGUCGGCGGCGGCGGCGGCGGCGGCCCUGUCGGGCCUGGUGGUGCGGCUGUCGCGCUCGGCGGCGGCCCGCGGCUCGUACGGCGCCUUCUGCAAGGGGCUCACGCGCACGCUGAUCACCUUCUUCGACCUGGCCUGGCGGCUGCGCAUGAACUUCCCCUACUUCUACGUGGUGGCCUCGGUGAUGCUCAACGUCCGCCUGCAGGUGCGGAUCGAGUGAGCGGGCGCCGCCGCAGCCCCGGCCGGAGGGUCCCGCGCGCCGGGCCGCGACGGGCAGGGGCGCCGGC